UGGAACCGUUGCGCGAGCGAGGACGCUUUCUGUGAAGGCGGAUUAAAGACGCGGAGCUGCUCGUCCUCGCACCGCUGUUCCUCUGGCAUGGAGCGCUGAUCCUCAGGGGAGAAGGUUCGGACUGGUUCGGUGUCGGGGUGUCGGUCUCGGGGUAUCGUUGUCGGUCGGGGUCUUCAUCAGUGGGAGGCGCGUGCACCUGCUCGGAACGGAGGCCCGCGCUCCCGGUGUGAGAGGGAAGAAAAAACAGAAGAAGCAGAAGCAUGGAGGAGUGGAGGAGCUGAAGCAGAAGCAGAUUUGUAUUCCAGCGGGCCCCGGGUUUGGGUUUAUCCGAGGAACAGCGACAUCCGAGCGGCACAGAGAUGGGACAGUGGAGAUGAUGCUGUAAAUGAAACGUCGUCUACAGACUUUUUGUGCAGACCACACCGGACUGAGCUGGAUCACUUUAGCUGAAGCUGUAUAUAUCUGAAGCUAUAUGGUGCUGCAGAUGCCGUCUAUACGUCGUCCUCAUCUGCUGUAUAAAGAGGUCGUUCGGAUGGUCAGGGCGUGGCCUUGGUGUUAAGCGACUCCUGCCUUCAGAGCUCACCUUCACCACAGACUUUACCCGAGGCCCCUGCCAAUGAAUUUUUCAGCUGUUCCAUAGCUCUUACAUUUUGUGUCACCGAGGAUGUGAGUGCCUGGUCCCGGGAGGACACUAACAAGCCAGCUUUCACCAUGAUGGAACCAGUGGGUAUCUCUGGGAUAACUGAGGACUACUUGAUUCAGCCGAGCCGCACUCUCCUGGGCUGCAUCAUUGAGACCAAAGGUGCGCCGAACACCGAGCCGGGUGUCAACCUAAAAAUGGCUGACGUGGACAGAGAGUUUGACGCUUGCUCCAUGUCCAACAUUAGUAUGCAGUGCAUGGGCAUCAGCGAGACAGGUAAUUAUGGAGAGCAGCUCCUGCCUGACCAGCUUCUGAGCUUUGCCAUGCCAAAGCCUCAGACCGAGGAGAAAAGGGAUGCAGAAAAAACAGAAGACGACCCGGAUCAGACCUCCAAAAAUAUGUACGAAGGCCUUCUGGACAAGUGCAACGGAGAGGACAGUCUGCUCACCAGUUCGAAUCAGGACUGGGGUUAUAUCGAGUCUUUCAUUAGCGAAAGCAAAAUGGAGCUGCUGGACCUCUGUUCGAAAAACGAGCUCUCUGUGAACCUCUUCUCGGAGGAGGACGUCGACAACUACAUGUUCGAUGAUGACGAUGAGGAUUCCACCCUCAGUAGCGAUAUGUGCUCGCUCAAGAUCAGGUACGAGUCCUUCCAGGACAACAUGAGGGAAAAGACGAAUGUCCUUCACGAGGAAACACAGUUAAACUUUUUUCCCAGCGUCCUCGUGAACGAUUCAAAAACGGAAGAAAACGUGGUUAAGAGCGAGGACGGAGUUUUAGAUAAAGCUGAAGACUUAGCACUAGAAAGUGAUAGUAAAGAAGAAGACGACGGCUUUUUAGAGCGCACGUCUAGCCCGAAAGUGAACUACUUCAUCGAUUCCAGCAACUCGGCCGACGACUCGGGGGAGUUCGGUGUCGACAGCUCCAGCUCCCGGUCCUCCUUUGAGAGUUUUCAUGAGAGCAAUCAUAAGAACUCAUUUUCUCGAAAGAAUAUCUGCUCCUCGAGCCCUCUAAACUACGCAUUACGGGAAAAGAGAAAAGUCCGCUACAGCGACGACUACCUGUAUGACGUCGACUCGAUUGAAAAUGAAAAGAAUCAGGAAAAGCGCGAGCAGCCACCUUCCGGUCCGAGAGAGGAGCAGGACGACGACUGGUGCCCUAAAAAGAGAAAAAAAUCCUCCCGCAAAGAGCCGCCUAUGAUCAUCAAAUACAUCAUUAUCAACAAGUUCAAAGGGGAGAAACACACUUGUGUGAAGCUGGGUAAAAUUGAUCCAGAAAUCACCACGGUAAGCCUAAACAAGGACGCGAUUACCGAAUAUGAAAAAUUGGCUCCUUUAAAGGAUUUUUGGCAGCAGAAGCAAGAGGAGCAGCUCAGGCUGGCUGCCGAAGAUAAACACAAUUUCCAACACGACCGCCAUCGACUGCUUAGUUCCAGACCUACGAGUAGGAAACACAAGCUUGCAAACAAACUACGGAUUCAGAGGAUUCAAACUGUGCAGCGAACAGACCUCAAGCAGGAAUCCUGUCCUUCUGAUCCCGUGCAGGAUCCCGGAUCUGAAGGAAACACGACCGCCACAGCAGCAUCGUUAACAACAUCGGCUACUGCCUGUGCUAGUACAUUAGACCCAAAUGGUAUCGCACACACUGUUACCCCCAAGAGCCGAUCAGAGGAGAUGGAGGAAGGGCAAAGAGAAAAUAAAAUACUCAGAAUGAGGAAGGCCAAAAGCGAAGCCGGGCUAAGGAGCGAAAAAAUGAGAGACGUGGAGCCGGGCACUGACAGCGUGACGGAGCAGACUGAUGCCUCUGAUGGGGAAAAAAAUAAAGACAUGGCAGCGGGCGGCGAAGAAACAGAAAUCAACUCGGAUGCACACAGCCCUCUAAGUCAUACAGCCUCUGAGGGCAAUGAAAAAUACGCCUACAUGCCUACUCCCUGCCCCUCUAACGAAGCCACGUCAUCAGAUGUUGACACGAGUAUGCCAGUUAUCCCCGGAGGUUACCUUCAGACAUUGCUAGACGCCUCCGAUUCCUUGAGCGGCUCGGGCAUCUCGCUUUUAUCUCAGCAGACAUCCAGGCAACAAUCGAUGGGUCUUUCCUUGGAGGAUCAGGACUUUGCGUCUCUUCAGAUAGCUCAGAGUUGCGUACUCUCCCCGCCGUCUGAAUCAGAGCUCCAACAGUCGCCCCACAACUGCCCGAGUCUUACCCAGAUGUGGCAUUCCCAGCUUGGUUCUAAUCAGCAGUUUGCUACUGAUUUACCUGAGCAAACUAUCCUGCCGAGUAACUUCUCAAACGCCCUGCCCAUGCCAAUGUCAGAGAAUCUGCCAGUUCCAGAGUACACUCAGCUGAGUCUCGACGGAAACAGAAUGCUUUAUGAAAAGAAUUACCUCCCCGAGCGGGCGUCGCCAGCCGAAGCGGAGUUUCAAACGUGUCAAGUUCCACGCAUAGAGAACCAGCUUCAGUUUCAAAGAGGAGCUCUGCACGACGACAACGGAAGGCUUAUCAGCUUCGACCUGGUCGGCUCGCUGUCAGCGACUCCCAGCAAUUACCAAUCGCUAAGUCUCAAGUCCCGCAACAAGGACGGAGACGAAGGCGACGUGAAUGAGAACUUUCUAUCUCACUGCAGUCCGAAACUGGUGACUCAGCAGAGUACCGAGGCGGUCACCCCACUGAGGGAGUCCACAGACUUGCUGGAUAUCUCCAACUUCACCCCGGAUAAAUUCAGACACGCGUCGCUGUCUGCAGAGCUCUCGCCCCCCGAGACGCCCAACCUGUCCCCGCAGGUCACCGGACGAGAGAUGAAGACGGAUGAAAAGCCGCAGGUCCUUCAGAGCGGUCCCGAGGUCACCCCGGAGGGUGGACCGGAAAUGAAAUGGUACUGCGAUGUGAUGGAACAGCAGGACAAUUUAGGCGGAUUUGCAGUCGAUAAUCGACAGUAUCAGUUGCACAAUUUUACUAACGACAACCAGCUGGAGAAGGAUGUGAACAAAUCAGAGUUUGAGCCAGCUGUGAACAUCAUCAACAGAGAUGCAAAAGUCUCAAAGUCGAAAAGAAAGAACGGCGCCAAGCAAGCUGCAGGACAGACUCAGAGAAAAAGCAAAGCAACUAAACCAAAAGCUUCAAAGGGAGACAAGGUCAAAGCCCCGCGACAGAACUCCCGGGCAUCCAAGAAACUAAAAGCCUUACUAGAUGAAAAGAGCGGUAAAGCACAGAUUGGUGACUCAGCGCAGCUGACUAAUAGCAGUUCCGAGGACUGGCCAGGAAUGGGCUUCUCCGAAAACAACAGCCAGACUGACUAUCAACAAGAGUUCGAAGAGCCGUCGAAUAUCCUGUCUAACAUCGUGUCAGGAAUGGCGGAGGUCCAGCGCUUUAUGAUGGCCUCGAUCGAGCCCACGUGGGGCCCCGCGGCGAACAUCUCUUUACCUUCCGAAUCGAACAGUCUCAGCUUAAAGACUCUUAAAAUAUUAGCAGGGACCGCGUCCGACCCCAAGAAGAAAGGGGCGUCGUCCGCCGGGGGAACCAAGGCCAGGAAAGGUGGAGGGCAGGGGGGCAAAAAUCAAGCCAAAUUCAAUCCUCUUUUCCCUCAGUUGCCGCUCGGUUGUAACAUGUUCGAGAAGUCCGGCCUCGGCGUCCCCGGGAUGAACGGCCCGGCGCACAAGAAGAUGUACCGCCACAAAACCAGUGCGAAAUUCCCUCGGAUCGAGAACUUUAAGGGCAAGCAGACGGAGAACCAGAGUGACAUAGAGCUGAUGGCCUCGUUUGAAAAACUGAGGUAAUAUUUCGUAACUUGCUGCUGAUGCACGUCCCUCACCUUCCCCCUCACUUCCUGCUCAGCCCCGAAUCUUUGACGCACCUGCACACUGACUCAAAGCCAGAGAUGCAUGGAAGUUCCCCCUUGCCCCACGUUACCUUAUUUUUUGCCCCCCGCCGCCCCCUCAGAAGAAGAUACGUAGAUAUCUUGCAUGGCGAAACUCCUCGUGCUACCUAU